CCCGUCGGCAGGGGAGGAGGUGAAGCGGCCCGGCACGUUCCGUCCCUCCGCCGGAGGCCCUCAGACUGGUGCGGCGCCUCCUGUGCGGCCGAGCCACAGGCUUCGAUGUGCUGCAGCUGCUGCUGUCUACAGCCGGGUGGAGGCCCCAGCCAGUGAAUAAGCUGUUUCCAUGGAUGGAAGAGGACCUUAUCGGAUCUAUGACCCCGGUGGUGGUGGUGGGACUCCAGAGGAAGCAUCUGCAGCUUUCGAACGGCUGGUGGAGGAGAACACUCGGCUGAAGGAAAAGAUGCAGGGGAUAAGGACGUUAGGAGAACUGCUGGAGGAGUCCCAGAUGGAGGCGUCCAAGCUCCGGCAGAAAGUGGAGGACCUAGUGAAGGAUAAUGAGGUGCUGCAGGCAUCUCCCGCCUCUUCCUCCCCCUCCUCCUCCUUGGACAAACUGGCCGAACUGGCAGGAGGGGCUUCAGAUCCUGAACCUCAGUCUGCCAGCCCAAGCAACUUGAGGAAGGAGAAGCAGGCAGUGGGGCCAAAGGCUCCGUCCAGUGGCACCUCAUCAGAUUUUGAAAUUGUACAACCGGGGGAAAAGAUGUCUUCCCCAGAAAGCAACAGGAAGGACCUGCCUCCGCCACCAUCCCGGGAGGAUGGGAACCUACUGCUGCACCUGCAGCGUUUGGAGAGCACCUUGAGUAUCUGCGCGGAGGAGCCGGACCGCAGCCAGCUCUUCACCCACCUGGGCCGCAUGGCCCUCGAGUUCAACCGGCUGGCUUCUAAGGUGCACAAGAACGAGCAGAGGACGUCCAUCCUCCAGACCCUGUGCGAGCAGCUCCGCAAUGAGAACGAGGACCUGCGGGCAAAGCUGGAGAAGGACCUGGAGCAGAGGGACCAGGCCGCCGAGAAGCUCCGGUAUGAGAACCUGGAGCUUAAGAAACUGAUCAUGAGCAGCAGCAGCAGCAGCAAAGAGGAAGCAGCUGGGCUGCAGAACGGGCCCAGCGCCGAAGGCUCCGGCAACAAGGUGGUGGCUGGGCAGCAACAGCAGCAGCAGCAGGAGGCGGGAACAUCAGCAGGCAGACUCACUGAGGCGGGAGCUACGGUAGCGACAGAGAAGAAGGUGAAGAUCCUGGAGCACCAGUGGAACGAGCUGCUGGAGGUGAACAAGCAGUGGGACCAACAUUUUCGUUCCAUGAAGCAGCAGUACGAGCAGAAGAUCACCCAGCUGCGGCAGAAGCUUGCCGAUUCCCAGAAGCUGGUGACGGAGCUGGAGGCGGAGCGGGAGCAGAAGCAGCGUGACUUCGACCGCAAGCUUCUCCUGGCCAAGUCAAAGAUUGACAUGGAGGAGGCCGACAAAGAGCGACUGUCGACGGAAGUGAAGGAUCUGAGGCAGAAGACCAAGUACUUACAGGAGCAGCUGGCCCCCAUCACCUGGCAGCGGGAGUACCAGGAAAAGGAGAUUCAGCGCCUCAACAAGGCCCUGGAGGAGGCUUUGAACAUCCAGACUGCGGCAUCCUCACCCACUGCCUUUGGGGGUCCUGAGGGGCUCAGCGGGUUGCUGAGGAAGCAGGAGCUGCUCACCCAGAAUGAACUGCUGAAACAGCAGGUGAAGAUUUUUGAAGAAGACUUCCAGAGGGAGCGGAGUGACCGGGAGCGGAUGAACGAGGAAAAGGAAGAGCUGAAGCAGCAGCUGGAGAGGCUUCAGGCUCAGGUCUCCUUGUCUAAUGCCCAGCUGAAAGCCUUCAAAGAUGAGGAGAAGGCUAAGGAAAACCUGAAGCAGCAGAAGCGGAAGGUUAAGGCCUCUGGAGAGCGCUAUCUUGCGGAGCCCCUCCCGGAACCAGUAGAGCACAUGUGCGGCGCCUACCCCUAUCCGUACCAAGCUGUGCCCCCUCCUUUGCAUCACCACCACCACCACGGCUUUGAGGACUGGCUGCAGGUGCGAUACUCGUCUCCCCCUAUGACAGCGGACCACGUGCCCCCGCACCCCAACUCCCGGCUCUUCCACCUUCCAGAAUACGCUUGGCGCCCACCUUGUGGGGUGAUGCGGAACCAGGGCUCCCCAGUGGUGGAUGCUGCCGCCGUCCCCCUGCCACCGGAACCCGAACCAGCCGAUCAUGGAUUACCGAAAAACCAGAGGCCGAUUUAACCGGAAGCCGACCCAACUUCAGGCGAGAAGCUGGAGAUCCGGGGGCCGGAGGCGGUGUGUCCCUGCUCCCGUCCCUCCUCCCCCGCAGACAUAGCGUGUGCUCUGCUAGCGUGCUGCAGGUGUGAGACCUAUGGCCGGGUCUCCCCUGACCCGGGUCUGGGGGCCGAGCCACAGAGACGGGGCCUCUGACCCGAUCCUCCUCGCUUCCUUCGCUGAAAUCCUCGGAUGGAUCGGUGCCUUGAGGGGCUAGGCUGACUCACUCGCCCCUCUCCCACUCCCCUCCCAGAGGCUUCCCGUAAAGGUGGCUCCACCCACCCUCCUUUCAGUUUAUUCUUUUGUGGUCAGUCUUCGCUUCUAGCCAAGAGCCGCCCGCCCCCUUGUUUUCCGGGAGGUGCCGAGGGGUGAGCCAGCCGGCCGCCGAGAGAAGAGUCGGGUGGCUGGAGAGGGCACUACAUGGACUCGGGCCCACCACAGCGGCUGUGUGCUGGCACUGUCCAGCCCUGCCCUGGCCCUGCCAGCCUACCCCAGGAAGCGAGGAAAGGAGCUCCCUGGGGGGAGAGGAAGAAGGAGGAGGGAACAGGACACUCCCAAGGGAGCUCUGAGUGGAGGAGAUGACAAGCGCAGACCAGGGGCCGGGUAAGACGUGGGUGGCCCGCACGGGUCUUACACAUAAAAACAAGUUGAAGAUGACCGA